ACCCAAUGAAUCAACUUUGAGGAAACAAACGGUUACAAAGCAAAAUGACUAGUAAGGUCGUCUUUCUUCUUACCCUCUCUCUCGUCGUCCUCCUCCUCCCUCUCUACGCCUCUGCGGCGGCCCGCGUCGGUGGUUGGAGUCCCAUCAGCAACGUUACGGACCCUCACGUCGUAGAGAUCGGGGAAUUCGCGGUCUCCGAGUACAACAAACGGAGCGAAUCGGGACUCAAGUUCGAGACGGUUGUUCGCGGCGAGACUCAGGUGGUCGCUGGAACGAAUUACCGGCUUACGGUGGCGGCUAAUGACGGGGAAGGAGCGAGCAAGAACUACUUGGCGAUUGUAUGGGAAAAGCCGUGGAUGAAAUUCAGAAAUCUCACUUCCUUCGAGCCUGCCAAUAAUGGUCGCUUCCUUUAAGUUUUUUACAUGUAACCGCUCUUUUAAAAUAUUGCAGAAACCAAACAAAAAUAAACGAAGAUAAUUAUUGUCUAAUUUCUGUAUUAGUUUUCAAAAUUUGCAAAUCUGAAGAAAUGAUAAGUGAA